GUGGCUCCCUUGGCUGCCCAGUGCCCACCAGUCACCAGCUCAUCUCGUGUCUAACUAACUAGCGACAUGAUCAGCCAGGCACGGUCUUUGCGUGGUGAGGCCGACGCUGGGUAAAACUAGGAAACUCAUGUGUUCUUUAGGUGGGAAACAAGGAUAAAAUUUCACAAGUAUAUCUUCCUCUUGUACAAGUUAUUCGUCACAGUACCCGAUCUGUAUCCGGGCACGUCCGCACCGGAACCGGCGCACGAGGCGAACAUCGGUGCACGGGGCUAUAUAGCCGAAUAUUCUGCGCGGCUGCCGUUAAGUAGGCGACCCCCACCUGCUGGGAUGGAACUAUCCCGAAACCAACUUCCAGGAGGCCAACAGAUCUACGCCGUGCCCUAUGACUGAGGAGCUGAAGCGGGACUACGACAUCGGCGAGGAGAUCGGCCGCGGCCGCUUCGGCGUCGUCCACCGUUGCGUCUCCCGCGCCACGGGGGAGGCUUUCGCCGUCAAGUCCGUCGACCGCGCGCGCCUCUCCGACGAGCUGGACCGCGCGCUGGCCGAGCUGGAGCCCAAGCUGGCGCAGCUCGCCGCCGCGGGGAACCCCGGCGUCGUCCAGGUGCGUGCCGUAUACGAGGACGACGCCUGGACGCACACCGUCAUGGACCUCUGCGCGGGGCCCGACCUGCUCGAUUGGGUCCGCCUCCGCUGCGGGGAACCCGUCCCGGAGCCCGACGCGGCCGCCGUCGUCGCGCAGCUCGCCGAGGCGCUCGCGCUCUGCCACCGCCGCGGCGUCGCGCACCGCGACGUCAAGCCGGACAACGUCCUCCUCGACGCGGACAAAUCCGGGGGCGGCGAGGGCGCCCUGCGCGUGCGGCUCGCGGACUUCGGGUCCGCCGCGUGGGUCGGCGGCGGGCGGCGUGCCGAGGGGCUCGUUGGCACGCCGCACUACGUGGCGCCCGAGGUGGUGGCGGGGGGCGAGUACGGGGAAGAGGUGGACGUGUGGAGCGCCGGGGUGGUCAUGUACCUGCUGCUCUCCGGCGGCGCGCUCCCGUUCGGCGGCGAGACGGCCGCCGAGGUGUUCGCUGCCGUGCGGCGGGGAAACCCGAGGUUCCCGCCCAGGCUGUUCGCCGGGGUGUCGCCGUCGGCCAAGGACCUGUUGAGGCGGAUGAUGUGCCGCGACGUUUCUAGAAGGUUCUCCGCCGAGCAAGUCCUCAGGCACCAGUGGAUCCAGAGCGGAGGUGGAGCCCGAGAAGUGGUGCACCCAACCUGAGUCCAUGUCGAACCAGACCAGACCCGAAUCGUGUGUUACCGUAUAGAUACGUUGUGGAAGUCCCUGACGAGCUUUGUGCAUACGCUACGCGACCGCGGCGAGGAGUGGAGAGCAUCGAUCGCUGCACCCGGGUACGAUGACCUGGGAGGCCCUCUGGUUGUCGUCUUUUCUCUUUUCUUUUAGUGCCUUUCUUUGGCCGCCUCUUGCUUGGGAGAAGAAGCAGCUUUAAAAUGUAACGAGAUGAUGUACGUCUAACCAACCCUGCAUGUGUACAAUUGAAUAAGAAGAGUUGGAGUGGUAGCUCUGAGCUUUCUCUAAA